GGAUGUGCUGGAGUGUAAUCCUCUGAGCAGAGCAUUUCUCAGCAGAGCUUCUCCUGUAGAAUGUUAUCUCACCCGUUCCCUGGAAAAACAUGUAGGGACGUUUCCACUCCAUGCAGAAAAAGAGCUCAGAAAGAGACGAAAAACACCCCUGGACCCUCAUUUCUACACUGAUGCCAACAUGCUCCAGAUGUGUGUGAUGGUCUAUUUGCUGUCAGCUGUCCUCACUCAGUCAACAAAUUCCUCAUCCAAGAGAGAUCGUAAUUUCACCGUCCAUUCCUCCCAGCUGGUGUGCAGUCUGCCAGGCCCAGCAGGGCCUGCAGGGAACCCGGGAGCCCCAGGACCACCAGGGGCCAUGGGGCCCAUGGGGCCACCGGGUAGGGAUGGUCCAGAUGGAAAGGACGGAGAAAAAGGAGAAAAGGGAGAUCGAGGUGAUCCAGGACGAACUGGGAACCCAGGCAAGCCAGGUUUGAAAGGUCGAGAAGGCAUCAUCGGGAAGGCGGGACCUCGGGGACUGAAGGGCCCUCGUGGACACUCAGGCUUGGCCGGAAAACCGGGACAAAAAGGAGACUUGGGUGAUAUUGGUCAACAAGGUCCCCCUGGAGGCUGCAGCUGUGGCAGCACAGCCCGAUCGGCCUUCUCUGUGGCUGUGACAAAGAGUUACCCCAAAGAACGAAUGCCCAUCCGCUUCAGUCGGAUCCUCCUGAAUGAGGGGAAUCACUACAACGCCAGCAGUGGGAAGUUUGUCUGUGUGAUCCCUGGAGUCUACUAUUUCACCUAUGAUAUCACGCUGGCCAAUAAGCACCUGGCCAUUGGGCUGGUGCACAAUGGACAAUACAAGAUCAAGACAUUUGAUGCCAACACAGGGAACCAUGAUGUGGCUUCUGGUUCUACUGUUCUCCACCUCAAGCAGUCUGAUCAGGUUUGGCUUCAAAUUUUUUACUCUGAGCAGAACGGACUCUUCUUUGACCCUUUCUGGACAGACAGCACCUUUACCGGCUUUCUUAUUUACGCUGACCAGGAAUUUCUCACUGAGGAGGAUAGAAAAGCAAAUGUUCAGUCUGAUGAUUAAAACUUUCUGAAACAUCUUUUCAUUCGAGAAAUUAUCUUCAUGACUGACUUCCAUACAUAUCUAAAUGAGAGCCACAACGAUGUCCUUUCAUCCGGACAUUUCUUUAACCUGCUUAAUCCUUUUUAAGGGUCACAAGGAGGCUAGAAUCUGUCUUCACAAAGAUGAGCAUCGGUGAAUUCCAGCUGCUAUACAAAUCUUGACACCAGGGGGUGCACAAAGAAAUAUAAAAGGGAAAACCAUUCAGUAGCGCUUCUUUUUUAAAGUAAUAAUGAAACAUGUUUGCAGUGAACAAUGUGUAUGUGUAAGAUGCUCAAAAAAUAAUUGUGUCAUUGAAAAAGAAAUAACUAAAUGUCAACUUGAAAUUUUAUAUCUUAAGUCCAUAAUGAUACACAGAUUUUAAGCAUGCUUUUGAAUGACAGUUUUGUCGUGAUUGAGUUUGAGCUGUUCUCAACAAGAAUACAAUUUUCUUUCAUGUCAGUGACAAGUUUAUGUGUUACAGUUUGUGUGUCCUGUACAUUUAACACGAGCCUCACUUACAUUUUACAGAACAGAGGGCCAAGUGGUAUGAAAUAUACAUAUUCACAGUACCCGGUACACUAGA